AUGAUAUUUACUGCAACCUCUAAUGAACGCGCUCUAAAGAGAACUGUAUGUGUUUCAUCUAAAGUUGGUGUGUGCAGACGUUAUGACGGGAAGGAUGAUUUUAUGCUUGUCGAUUCAACCGAAUUGGUACCAGGAGAUUUAAUUGCCAUUCCGAGUAGUGGAUGUUUGAUGCAAUGUGAUGCAGUAUUAUUGACGGGGAACUGUAUCGUGAAUGAAAGUAGCUUAACAGGUGAAAGUCUUCCGAUUACAAAAAUCCCACUGCCCAAUGGACAAUAUGAAAAUACCACAUUUGAUUUUCGUUCAUGCCCACGACAUAUUCUCUUCAGUGGCACAUCUGUCACUCAGACACGUGGUGAUAUAAAUAAGCGUGUUUUGGAUGUAGUUAUCCGAACGGGAUUUAUGACCACUAAAGGAGAACUUGUGCGAUCUAUCAUGUUUCCGAAACCUAUGAAAUUUAAAUUUACUCAGGAUGUUUAUCAGUUUUUGGGAGCCCUUUGUGGAGUGGCACUUGUUAGUUUGUGUGUCACCAUUUAUCUCAUGGUAAGUCCCUCAUCGCUUUUAUUACUAGUUUAA